CGGGGGGAGGCGGGGAUGGCGGCGCCGGGGACGAGCUCCGGCGGGGCCGGGGGCGAGGGGGGCGGCGGGGGCACGAAGGUCAACCAGGAGCUGUGGUACGCGUGCGCGGGGCCGCUCGUCGCGCUGCCGCCGGCGGGGAGCCUCGUCGUCUACUUCCCCCAGGGCCACAGCGAGCAGGUAGCAGCAUCUAUGGGAAAGGAUGCAGAUGCCAAAAUUCCGAGCUAUCCAAAUCUUCCUUCUAAGCUUAUAUGCAUCCUCAAUAGUGUUACUAUGCAUGCUGAUACUGACACAGAUGAGGUUUAUGCUCGAAUGACUCUCCAACCAGUUAGCAAUGUGACACAGUGUGACAAGGAGACACUGCUGGCAUCAGAGCUUGCACUGAAACAAACCAGACCACAGACAGAAUUCUUCUGUAAAACACUGACUGCAAGUGAUACAAGCACUCAUGGAGGUUUCUCUGUGCCACGGCGCGCUGCCGAGCGAAUUUUCCCCCAUCUUGACUUCUCAAUGCAGCCUCCUGCUCAGGAACUGCAGGCCAGGGAUUUGCAUGAUUCAAUUUGGACAUUCCGUCAUAUAUAUAGAGGCCAGCCUAAAAGGCAUUUGCUGACUACCGGCUGGAGCCUAUUUGUCAGCGGAAAGAAACUUCUUGCUGGGGAUUCCGUCUUAUUUAUUAGGGAUGCAAGGCAGCAACUCCUCUUGGGGAUAAGGCGAGCAAAUAGGCAACCUGUUAACCUCUCAUCAUCUGUUUUGUCUAGUGACAGUAUGCAUAUUGGUAUUCUUGCUGCUGCAGCCCAUGCAGCAGCCAAUAACAGCCAAUUCACGGUAUUCUAUAACCCAAGGGCAAGUCCUUCAGAAUUUGUGAUUCCUUUUGCCAAGUACCAGAAGGCUGUCUAUAGCAACCAACUAUCUCUUGGCAUGCGGUUUCGGAUGAUGUUCGAAACAGAAGAAUCUGGAACAAGAAGGUACAUGGGAACAAUAACAGGUAUAAGUGAUCUGGAUCCUGUAAGGUGGAAAAACUCCCAGUGGCGCAAUAUUCAGGUUGCAUGGGAUGAAGCUGCACCAAGUGAGAGGCGCACCAGGGUUUCCCUCUGGGAUAUCGAGCCUGUCAUUGCUCCAUUCUUCAUAUAUCCUUCACCAUUGUUCACUGCAAAACGUCCAAGACAACCAGGGAUAACAGAUGAUGAAACCGCUGACAUGGAAAAUCUUUUUAAGCGGACCAUGCCGUGGUUUGGUGAGGAGAUUUACAAGAAAGAUCUGAAUACUCAGAACAACUUAGUUCCUGGAUUAAGUUUAGUUCAGUGGAUGCAACAGAACCCCUCACUCACUAGCACAGUUGUGCAACCGGAAUUGCUAAACUCAUUAGCUGGCAAACCUGUACAAACUCUGGCUGCAGCUGAUAUGUCAAGGCAAAUCAGCUUCCAGCCCCAGUUCCUGCAACAAAAUAACAUCCAGUUCAACACUUCGCUGCUACCUCCACAAAACCAGCAGACCGAACAGUUAGCAAAAGUGAUAGCUACACCAAACCAAUCGGGAAGUGUCAUAGUAUCACAGAAGGUAGUACAAGAUUGCAAUCCCGAACAGAAGCAGCAUGCUAUAACUCAACCAGUGCAAGGCAGCCAACCAAUGAUAAGUGCCGCACAGCCUCAAUUUGUUGUCCAGAACCAACUCCAGCAACCUCAAGUCAUUCUCCAGGCUCAGGCUCAGCAACCUCAAGUCAUUCUCCAGGCUCAAAUCCAGCAACAGCAGCCUUUGGUUCAAAACCACACAGUUCUACAUGGUGAUCUUCAACAAGCCCAGCUUCUACAGCAACAGGAACCACAUUUACAGCAGCAGCCACAACAGGUUCAGCAAUCAGUGCAGGAACAGCAGCAAAUAAAGAUACAACCUGUUCAGGUACUGAAUGGUACAAACGUGAUCACACAGCUUUCUGAUCAUCAAAUGAAAAUACAACUAUUGAAGGCUCUUCAGCCUCAGCAGCCUUUGAUCAUGGAGCAGCAGAAAAUGAUCUUGGACUUGCAGCAUCAAAUGGUAAAUUCCAAUUCCCAGUCAGCUGCGCAGCAGUGUGCACAAGUAACUACCCAAGCGGGUGGUAUGCAUAGCAGUAACACUAUUCAGUACCCGACACAGCAAAAGACUCAACCUCACCAACCAAUUCAAGAUUUCCCUCGGCAUGCUGUGUCUGUUGCAAACCCAGAAAUUGCUACCUCCAUGGGUACUCGCUCUUUGCAUGUCCCAGGUGGAGUGCAGUUAUUGAAGACAGAAGAUGUUCCCUCUUCGUCAACAUCACCACCCACAAACAAUAAUCCUGUUCUUUUGCAAUCAGUUCCAUGUAGCUCCAAGAACCAAAGUAUACUUACUGCAGCAAAGACACCUCAAUCAUCUGCUGUAGUGGGCCCUACACUUGGACAAGGCAUGAAGCCUUAUGAGAGUGCACAGCAGAUGGUGAUGAUUCCCAAGGGGGCUGAACAAAAGCCAGUUACCAGGCAAGACUAUGUGAAUAACACUCCUCAGAUGGAUUAUUUGGACACAUCCUCUUCAGCUACUUCAGUUUGCCUUUCUCAGGCUGAUGGAUCAUUGCAUCAAAACUUUCCACCUUCGUCCUUCAAUCAGCAUCAGCUGUUACGAGAAACAGUUCCAGAUAGCGAGUUUGAGGUUACAGAUCCAGGAAAUAACUUUCUAUUUGGGGUAAACAUUGAUGGCCAUUUGGAUUCCCUUAAUGCAGAUGCUUUGCUUGCGAAUAACUUUGAAACUGAGAAGUACAUGGAUCAUAUGCCAGGACAUGGCAUCUCUAAUUACAUUUCAUCAAAGGAUUCUCAGCAAGAGUUAUCAUCUUCAAUGAUUUCACAUUCAUUUGGUGUUGCUGAUAUUGCAUUCAAUUCUAUAGAUUCAUCAAUCAAUGAUGCCCCAUUCUUAAACAGAAAUUCCCGGCCUCCAGCUCCUGCGCAUCAACGGAUACGAACCUACACAAAGGUGCACAAGCGUGGGGCUGUUGGAAGAUCUAUCGACAUCAAUCGAUAUUCCGGAUAUGAUGAACUGAAACAUGAUGUUGCCCGGAUGUUUGGUAUCGAGGGGCAACUCAGUGACCAAAAUAGAGGUGGCUGGAAGCUAGUUUAUGAAGAUCACGAGAAGGAUGUUCUAUUAGUUGGCGAUGACCCAUGGGAGGACUUUGUGAACUGCGUACGGUGCAUCAGGAUUCUUUCUCCACAGGAAGAAAUGCAGAUGAGAUUGGCUAGCGACUUUGGAGACAGCUUUCUACACAACCAAGCAUGCAGCAGUUCAGAUGGGGGUCACCCAUGGAGGGUCACCGGUGACUAGAUAGUCGAAACUCGCCUACUUAGGAUUCACUGGUUUGCAUGGCUGAUAGACAUAAACUCACAAAUCUGAUGGUGCCACAAGAUCGACAUUUUUGUCCAUGAUAACGUGAAGGAUGAUCCGCUAUGCUAAUUUUGGCUCCAGAUUUGUGCAAGCAAACAGCGAAAAUUAGGAGAACGAGUUGCAAUGCAGGUCCAGGAAGUGUACUUCAUGUUCUGUCUCUGUUCUUGUAGAUGUCCAUAUAUACCCUGCCUAUCCCUAUGGCUAUAUAUAUCGCCCUUGUAUAUGAUUUUAUUGUAACCAAGAGGUUGUCAGGUCCCACCACUCAUAAUUUACUACAGAAUCAGAAUGCAGAUCUGAUAGAAGAGAUAAAUUCAAUUUACAUAUGUUUCAUUGUUCACGAA